AAUUUUGGAGCUGCUAUGGCUUUUUUCUCUCUCUCUCUCUCCUCUGAGCAUCAAUCGCCUCUCAUUUUCCCUCACCAUAAAAACUGUACAGGGUUGUCAGAGAUAAGAGGACUGGACCCAUCUGACCUGGCCGGAGCACUAAAGGAAAUGAAUGGUAAGUAUGUGGGCAAUCAGCCAAUCAAACUACGCAAGAGUAACUGGAGGGAGAGGAUAGACUAUGACGCACUAGAAAGACAAAAGAGCCACACUCACAAGAAACCAAAGCCUUCGAAGAAGAGUAUAUUGCACAAGUGAGCUAGAGACUCGUGGGCGACGUCGUGAAUAUGGAAAUUGGGGCAGUGAAGCUUAAUGAUGAUAAUUUGAACGAAUGAUAGUAUGUGACGUGCAUUUUUUUCGUGUGUUAUACGGGGAUUAGUGGAGGAUCAUUUUAAAUAUUAAUUAAAUAGGUUCGAUCAAGUAUAUUGAAAUGUGGUUCAGCGUGUUUGGGACAUGGUUCGGUACAAUAAAUACCUAAUACAAGUGGUUG